AUGUUUAAGCGUCUUUGUCAAGUUUCUCUACGUCGAUACCACCCAUCUAAAGGGGAACAUUUGAAUUCAAGUCGACUAGGUCCCCUAAACUACGGUCUAGAUUCUCCUCAAUAUGCAGUAUUAUCUCACGCUCUUAAGGUUUCAGUACCUGUGGUAGGGUUUAAUGAAAGAGCCAUUGUUCAUUCUUUGAACCAGCUGAAUUAUCCAUCUACCAUGCUGAGUGUUAUUGGUGCUUCUAAUUCACCCUCGUUGUUGCAUUCAUCGCCAGCUGUAAUGGAACUGGUUAAGUUCCAUCUAGUGCAGAAGAGGUUGCAACUCUCACAAGAUUUGUCCAGUGAGGAGAAACCUAGCUUAGAAGAUCUAUUCAUCAAAAGACUCGAAUUGAACGUCCCUAUAGCUGGUCAUCUUUCACAAUUGCUAUCGCAUGUGUCGGUUCCAGGGCCUUUCACAGUGGACACUGCACUGCCAGAGUUACAUAGAUUGUCUGACGAUCUAAUCUACUACUCGAAUGAGAAAGAUCACCACGAUUUUGCAUGGUAUUCCAAGAGAUUGGGUAUUAGUUGUGCGUACGUGAGCAGUGAACUGUUUAUGGCUCAAGAUAAGUCACACAAUUAUGAGGAAACGUUUCAAUUUGCUAGAGAUAAAUUACAACGUACCAUGCAAUUGGGUGAAUAUUACAACAAUACUGAAGAAUGGCUAUGGUAUACACUUCUGAAUUCGAUUAACUUGGCAAAAUCACAAAUGGCCAGGGGCUGA